CACCCAGCUGCACUGAGGGUAGGGCACCGGGCCCCCAGGCGGGGCGACAGGCAUCGGGCCCCCAGGCGGGGCGACAGGCAUCGGGCCCCCAGGCGGAGCGACAGGUCUUGGGCCCCCAGGCGGAGCGGCGGGCGCCGGACCCCCAGGCGGAGCGACAGGUCUUGGGCCCCCAGGCGGAGCGGCGGGCGCCGGACCCCCAGGCGGAGCGACAGGUCUCGGGCCCCCAGGCGGAGCGGCGGGCGCCGGACCCCCAGGCGGAGCGACAGGUCUCGGGCCCCCAGGCGGAGCGGCGGGCGCCGGACCCCCAGGCGGAGCGACAGGUCUCGGGCCCCCAGGCGGAGCGGCGGGCGCCGGACCCCCAGGCGGAGCGACAGGUCUCGGGCCCCCAGGCGGAGCGGCGGGCGCCGGGCCCCCAGGCGAGCGGCGGGCGCCGGGCCCCCAGGCGGAGCGGCGGGCGCCAGACCCCCAGGCGGAGCGGCGGGCGCCAGACCCCCAGGCGGAGCGGCGGGCGCCAGACCCCCAGGC